AUGGGUGCAGCUGUUGAACAUCUCUGGGGGUUUCCACACACUGAACAAAGGAAAUCUGCUAUAUCAACCUCUUGUACUGUUUUGUUAGGACAAUACUUGAAACUCAAACCCAAUGAAAGAUCAAAAAUUAAAGAGGAAGAAAAGUCAUCUGUCAAUAUACAGUAUAUUACAGAAACGCAAAAAGAUUAUAAAAAAAAAACAUUUUUAUCGAUUGUUCUAAACAAAAGAAAAUACGAUGAUUUCGGUCUGGAUCCUGAAUACAAAGCCAAUCUAGCAGAUCAUCCAAACAAGGUUGUACCACCGCUUUUAUCAGGCGUGAUCGAUGAAGAACACUAA